AUGAGUAACUGGUUGGGGUUCUCUCUAACUCCGCACUUGAGGAUUGACGAAGAAUUUGGGAGAGAAAACCAAGAGCGUGGAGGAGGAGGAGGAGGAGGCGGCGGAGGUGGAGGAGGAGGGUACCAUCCUCAUCCUUCUUCCCAUCCUCACUUGUCUGUCAUGCCUUUGCGCUCUGAUGGCUCUCUGUGUGUUGCUGACUCCUUUAACCACUCUGCUCCUCCUCAAGAAUGGAGAUAUGACAGUGCAAUAGGAGGGGGGAAUUCCAAUGAAGAAGGUCCAAAGCUUGAGGACUUUUUGGGUUGCUACUCAAACUCCCCCAAUAAAGUCUUUUGUCAAGAUUCUCAGCAUGACCAAAGCCAAAGCCAGAACAAUGUUUCCAAAAUCAAUGUUAAUGUGGCACCAAACUUUUGCACCAGUGCAGAGAUUGAAACUGGGGAUUGCCUCCCAAACCCUUCUUCCUUGCUUCAAUCUUUCCAUGCAUAUAAUGAUAACCCACAUGCCCUUAUCCCCACCAAUGGCAUGUACAAGUCCUGGUUGGCACAAAGUCAGUUCUCUGAUGUAAAGCCUUCAGUUGAAGCAAAUGGGUGUAAUUUCCAAUCACUGUCCCUGACUAUGAGCCCCACUGUGCAAAAUGGGGUGGGUGCCAUUUCUAGUGUUCAAGUAAGUGAGGACAAUAGGAAACGGGCCAUUGCAAAAUCUCAAGCUAGAGAACCAGUCCCUCGCAAAUCUAUUGACACUUUUGGGCAGAGAACAUCUCAAUACCGUGGUGUUACAAG